AUGGAUGCGCCAGAUGGUUCUUCCCCACAAAAGUCCCGUACUCCGCAGUCAACAUUGUCGGGCAAAGGCUCCGAAACAACGUCGACAUCACCUCUGGAGUCUGUCAACCCAGCAGCCCCCCUCUUGCCUGUCGCUAGCCGCACUUUGAAGGACGCGCCACGUCAAGCCAGCUCAGUUGGCCCAGCCUCAGACCACCUUGCCACGAUCACGACAUCUUUACCUCACGAGGAGCCGGAGUCAGCAGAAGCCGAUGCAGAUGGUGCCCUAGAUGCCCUCAUCGCACGUGGUCAGCGCUUACAAGCGGAGCUUCACACUUUUGCUGAAGAACUAAAGGGCGACUUUUCCCAAUCGCCCCGGACCGUGCAUGACAUACCCUAUGAACAUCGUCAUGCCUCGGCGAGAUCUUUCCACGCCGCGCACUCGACUCCGUUGGGGCGUGAGUCGAAUUUCGAUUCAGAUACCGAGCUGCUCGUCGGGGCCGUUCAACAUUCUCGGGCACUCCAGCCCGAUCCGAAUACCAGUCUUGAUAGCCUGCCUUUGAGUGAUCAGAACUUACUUGAUGAGCUUCUCUACCGUGACCCUGACCUGGACACUUUUCCUGCAACCUGGCCGCAUCUACCCGGCGACGCAGCAGUCUCCGCCGCCUUGAACGGACAAAUGGGAAAGGGGAUCAGCUCCACUUCGGCCCCCUAUCCCGCAACCCAUAUGACUGUUGCUUCAGAUGCACAAUGGCAGCAAGAAUCUUCUCAUGGUCUCCAGUUGCAUCACAAUGAGCCGGGACCACAACAGUCACGGUCGCCACGAUCAGCUUCUUCGCCAAAGGCACAGCGCAGCUCCGCAAGCGCCGCCAGCGUGACUCGGCCUUUAGAGCCAAGCAUCCGGCCUCAUCAAAUUGCAGAUGUGCAAGCGGGUUCUGCGAUCAACAGUACCACAGAAUUCCCACGUGAGAGUGUGGCACGAGGGCAUGAGCCAUACUCAGAUCCAGUCACGCUGGCCGGUCAGACGUUGAGCCGACCACGUUUUGAGCAGCUCCUACGGCUUGAUCGCCUUGCCUUUCUUAUUGCAGAUGUAGAUGCUGGGGGUCUGCAGCCACCACCCUGGACCGAUGCUGGGCGUGAGCAGAUUGAGCUUGAGUUCUCUUUGCCCGCACAAGGCAUUCUGAACAACGUGGGCGAGCCAGAUAUGGAUGCUCACAUCGUGCGUGUCUCCGCCUCGGCCUGCUCAAGUGACGAACUCCUUUUUAAUCGCCGAGUUGACUUGCGCGUCCAACUCGAUGCCGAGAUCCUUGAAGUUUGGUUGCGCUCAGUCGUCGUGUUUCGGCUCGUUCGGCUUGAGGACAAUCGGGACGAAGCUUUGGAAAGCAACAGCAGCGACAGCAGCAGCAGCAGUAGCAGUAGCAGUAGCAGCAACAGCAGCAAUAGCAAUGGCGACAAUGAAAUGGAUGGUGAUCGAGGCACGCGCUCCCGUGUUCUGGAAAGGGCUGGUCCGCGUCACGCUGCCCCUCGACGACAGCUCCUUGCAGUUGCAUCACUCAACUUGGCUACCCUAUUGCAAGCCUCGGGCGCUGGGGCUGGCAUUGAACUCCCGCUCACCAACUUGCAUGCCUCAGCCGUGGAUGGUUGCCAAGCCGUCCUACACGCCAGUGUUCAGUUUGAUUAUCACGCCAACGAGCAACCCGAAGCUGUCGGAGAAGCGCCCGGAUCACAAGCGCCACCACUGACAGCUUCUGUUUCGCGGGAAUCGACUACGCCGACAAUUUUACACGUCCUUCUGCAAGCCACGGACGUGCGUGGGUUACAGCCGCGGCCUAUCUCAAAGCUACCGCACAACCUCUAUCUGCGCUCGCGACUGGGAAUCCAGCCCGAGGCCGUGACCUCGCCCGUGAGCUGGAGCACAGACCAGCCUCGCUUUCAACACCAGCAUCUCCUGCCCGUACGCUACAGUCCCAAACUGGUUCAAGAUUUGCAAACAGCGCUUGCUGUUCUCGAAAUUUGGGACCGUGCCGGCAGUGAUGACGGCACUGACCGGCUCAUUGGCCUGGUCAAACUCCCUUUACAUGAUUUUUACCUCGCCUUUAGGGAUGUCGAAGUGGCACGGGCAAUCCUUCGUGCAGAAUUGCCCGUGUUUGCGGCCAAUGACUUUCAACCAAUUGUAGACCCAAUCUCUGGGUCUCUACAGGGACGAAUCAAAAUUGCUUUGGCGGCGGGCUCCCAACGUCAAGUAGCCCUACUCUUGCGACAUCGACUGACCCCUCGUUUAGAGGACGAGGCUAAUCAGGAGGAAACAAACAACACAGACGCAAGCCAGUCAGAUCUGGACGCACGGCGCCGUGCCCGGGUGCUGUUUACCACCGAUGGGCCUCGGCAGGUUGAUGAUCGCUCCGGCUCUGGAAACAAAGUCUCGGGCACUGCUUCCAAUCCGACCCUAAAUUCCACCAUGUCGAUCGACGAAACUGGUGACGCUGUUGCGGACGAGCUCGACACGGGCCUAUCGCGUACCAUCGUAACCAUGCAUCUGGAGGCGCUCCAAGAUCUGGACUUGUUUCAACACAGCCUCUACGGCGAAGCGGACUGCUUCAUCGAGUAUACUUGGCCAGAGUCCAACGAGCGAGCAGUUGAACAGCUCUUGUUGCGCUCCAUCAAACGCUCUGGCAACCUUCAUGAACUGGAUGGCGCUGUGCCAGCUCUAGGCCCUCGCCAAUUUCAUAGUCUCGUGUCUGAGCGCGCCGAGGCUGCCGCCACUAUGCUUGUGGCAGCGCUGAGUGGAAUCGAGCAUCGAAUUGAGUGUAGUGGCGUGGAACUACAUUUGGUGCAGCGUCGAUAUGCCCCAAGCCAAAGUGAUCAGCGUGUGGCCGUUGCUGUGCUACAAUCAUCGCAGAUUCGCGCUCUGUUGCAGGCCACUUGUCGCGCCCGGCCAGGCACGACCAUGCAACAAACAUGGCGCCUACCGCUUCUGUCAACACACCACCAGUCCCGGGUUGGUACGCUGAUCCUCUCCCUGCACUGCCGACAAGAACCUCUGACUUUACCAGAGGCAGCCAGUGCAGCACUGAAGCAAGUGCGCCAGACAGGAUUCACAUCUGAGGCCACGAGGCUUGACAUGCCUCGUCAAGUCGUUCGGGUGCGGCCCACCCGCUUGACCGGCUUGGGGUCAGCCAUGACAGCGCUGGCAAACGAAGUACGACGCAAAGAGCUGCUCUUGGCUGCCGAGCUGGGUGGCUUCUUGUAUUUGCGUUUGGCUUUGGCUGGUCGAGCCGGUCACGUGGAACCUCAAACAGAGCGAAGUGCGCUUCCAGACAUGAGUGCGUACGCCCGUUGCUCGCCAUGGCACUCCACGGCCGUUUCGAGCCGCGCCUUUGCGCCGCAGUUUGCAGAUGAAGUGGUUUUUGAAGGUGCAGCAGACCAUGUUUUGGUGCAAACAUGGCUUGCUCUUCAAGGCCGCCCCUCAGCUGCCGACCUUUUGCUAGCUGAAACUGCUGUCCCCAUUCGCCGCAUGCCUCAGGACACCGGGUUUGUUCGAAUGUGGCGUCCCCUUGUGCGGCCGACAGGAACUCCAGAGGUCCAUCAUGUUGAGUUGGCAUCACCUGAGGAUAGACUUGGAAGUGCGCAGGGCCAGGCAGUCGGUGCGGUAGAGCUGAGCAUUCAAGCCGCUCCCGUUGUGGGUAGUCCACCCACUCCGGUGCUGAGCCCACCUGCGUUUCUGGAUCGCCAUGUUCAGCUGCAGCUCAUUGUUGAGGAGGCACUUCUUCCAAAUCGUGUCCGAACGUCUGACGGUGACGGGGCCUGGCAAUGGCUAGACCGGCCUCAGCUUGAAUUUUUCGUGCGCUAUACCUUACCAGAUGGGCGGUUGCAAGAGUCACGGCCGUGUCGUGCACAAGCUCGAGCGCGACAAUCAGGUGUCGUGUGCAAUCUGCAGCAUCGAGGUGCCUUUUCCCUCAUCCUGACGCCCACGGCUGCGGCAGCUCUCGUGCGACAGCUUGAGGUUCAGCUGUGGGUGCGGACUACCAAUCUCCGAUCAGGUCACGAGCCGCCAUCUCCACACCACCAAUCGUCUUCAGCCACUGGUUGUCAAAUGUCCGCCGACACCGUCGAUGAGACUUGGCUUGGUUCAGCAUAUCUUGAUGCAGCCCCCCUUCUUCACGGCAGCUUUACGGUGUCUGACCUCUUGCCACUCGUCACGCCCAAUGCGCGUGAGAUGUCGGGCGCCCAAGUUCGCGUGCAUGCAAUUUUGGAUCUGCUGGAGAGCGGGGCCAGGGUUCCACAUGGCACAGCCCCCGAUACAGCAACGACUGAUGUUCAUGGCACGUCUGUGCGGGACAGGCCGCUGGCGCCUCACUUGAUUGGCACGCAAGAAUCCGAUGUUCAGUCAGCGGGGGUUAUGUGUUCUGUGGCUGUGACUCGUGCGUUACAUCUGCAGCUGGGUUCGCACCCAUUGCCUCGUGCCUACGAAACAUAUGUUUCCUACGCAAUGGGUUCAGAGGUCCAGUGCACCCAAGUAGUGGAUGCUGGCGCGUGUCCUACCUGGAAUCAUGAGCGCAUGCUGUCCAUUCCCUUUAGUGCCGGCGACGCUACUUGCAAUCAGCUUCUAUUCAAAGUGUGGUGCCGCUCCAUGUCAGCCACACCUAGUCAAGAGCUCUUGCUGGGCACAGCAGCGGUAAAUCUUGAGCCUUUGCAGUAUGGACUGCGGCAGCUGAGUGGCUGGUACCAUGUGUUUUCGGAGAGUGGUCACCAAGUGGGUCAGCUGUGCCUCACUGUGCAGCCGACACAACCCGUCCCCCCACCACCGCGCGUACAAGCUGUGCCCGAGCUGCGGUAUCAGGCAUACCAGAGGCCUGACUUUGUGCCUCCAGAAGCAUCAAGCAAGCAAGUGCCGCUGCUUGAGGACAACAAUGUCCUGUCCUCCAGCUUCUUGCGGCGCCAAUUGCAAUCCAAUCUGGAAGAGCUUUCUCAGCUUGGUAAUCGCCUCGGCUACUCGUCUUCAGCAACGGCAGGGCAUACCUCCCCGCAACAGCACCUUGAUGACUGUCACCCACACCAGGGUCCGGAGCUUGCACAAACCGAUUCCCAGCAGGUGCCGGCCUUCUUAUCGACCGGCUUACAUUCCCAUGAUCAAGGAGAAACAGCCCAAGUCGACAAUCCCUUACAGCGAGCUCGCAAUUUGUUGAACCGUCUGCAUAGCGUGGGUGUGCCUCAAUCGUAUAGCUCGUCUCAAACACAUCCCACCCAGUUCGCAGCUCCUCCCCGUCAUUCCCCAGCCUUGCUUGCGGCUGGGCAAACUCCUGCGCGGGGAGCUGAUGUAGAUGGCGGCGGGAUCAAUGAGGAAGUCGAUGCCUGGAAUACGACCGUGAGCACGGAAGCAGCGGAUCAUAGUCUUGCUGAUCCCCAUGACACGAGCCAGACCGAGGGCAAUAUAGCCACGAUCGAGUCACCACAUCCUUCAAACAUCGUUCGUUCAAGCGUGGCGGCAGAGGCUUCGACGGCUCCACCACCGCUUGAUGAGGCCUCGGCUGGAAAUGAGCCAGACGAUCAAGCCACUGCUGAACCAAACACAUCCCCGGUGCACGAUUCAACAGAAGCGGCCCACGCGUCUCCAUCGCCAAUACGGUCCAUCAAAAGAGACGCUCAAAUGCCCUCAGAACCAGAGGGUGGAUGGGAGUCAGCCAUCAGCACCCCGCUUUCCCUCUCUCCUUUAUCUAGCCGCGGUGCCUCGCCCAUGCCGACCAAUUCCCCUAAUUGCUCGGCAGCAGCACCAACCGCCGCAAUGGCACAGACAGCUUUUGAGAAGGCAGCAGCAAAUAAUCAUCCAGGUCAAGUGUCAGGGGCUGAACCCGAGACGCACCGUCGCUCGGUUCGGGUUGAUGUAGUUCGAGCCGAUAAUCAGCACUUUAUUCCUCACGAGUACCGGCAUCAACCAAUACAAGGUAUGUUUGAGUGA